AUGUCAACCUCUCCCCCAAAAGCCCUCGCAAUGCCCCCCUUCACCCGCCCCCCCAAACACCACUACCUCUCCUACCGCAUCGCCCGCGGCGAACAAGGCGUCCUAACCUACGAGCCCUACAAAUCGCACCUUCUCCAUCACUGGCGCUUCCGCACACCCCAGCUCGCGCGCACAUCCGCCGAAAUCCUAUACCAGCACUUCCUGUCCUUCUUCGAGCAGGCGGAUUUCGUGGGCAUGGAUAUGGCAAGGAAGUUUAUUCAGAUGGGCAUGACGAGGGCCAAGAGGUAUGCGAAUUAUGCGGGGGGGAGGAAGUAUGCGUAUGAGGAUGGGCAGGGGGGGAAGAAGGUGAAGGUGCAGAGGGAGAAGAGUGAGGGGCAUGUGGGGAGGGAGGGGAAGGAGGAGGCGAGUAUGAUUUUUAGGGCGUAUUGGGGGAGGUGUACGGAGCAUGAGGGGUAUCAGAGACUGAAGAAGGAGUUUUUGAAGGAGCAGAAGGAGUGGGAGGGUCUGGGGAAGAAAAAAGUGAAGGUUGAAGAGGACGACGAGGUGAAAAUCAAGGAUAAUAAUGAUGAUGAGGUGAAGAUCAAGGAGGAGGAAGAAGUAAGGCAACCGGCAAAGAAGAAAUGCAAGACCAACUCAUAA